CCCCAACCCCACACACGACCCUUUUUCAAUGUUUCCAUAACAAGAAAACAGCCACCAGAUUUGGAGAGAUAUCCUUCCUAGGAACAAAAAAAGAAUGAAUGAGGCAGCCAGCUAUUUAACAACUAAGCAAAAACAACAACCUCUCUGAAAUCCCACCUCUACGCCUCUCUUCUCAUUUCUUUCCUUUUUUCCCCAGCCGCAGUAUAUAACCAAUCACAAGCCGAUCCCUCAAAAACACAAAACAGAUAAUAACGCCAUGGCCAGCUUUCCUCGAGAAAACAUGCUGCUGCUGAGUCUCCUUUUUCUUUCCCUGGCAGCAGGGGUUUCUUCUUCGCGUAACAGGCCGUACACUCCCCCAAACGUUAGGCGGCUGACUGAUCUCUUUGGCCGCCUCACAAUCAACCAGGGUUUCAACACUUACUACGGCGGCCAGAACAUUAAGCAGUUCAACAAUGGGUCCUUUGCCACUCUUUCUCUCGACAAAACUUCAGGGGCUGGAUUGGCCUCGAAGAACAAAUACUACUAUGGAUUCUUCAGUGCUGCAAUCAAACUGCCUUCUGGUCUUUCCCCUGGAGUUGUGGUGGCCUUCUAUUUGUCUAAUGCUGAAACUUACCCUAACAACCACGAUGAGAUCGACAUCGAGAUCCUUGGACACGACAAGAGGAACGACUGGAACUUGCAGACGAAUGUGUACGCAAAUGGGAGUGUGAACACUGGCAGGGAAGAGAAAUUCAACUUCUGGUUCGACCCAACUCAGGACUACCACAAUUACACCAUCAUUUGGAACAGCCACCACAUAGUGUUUCUGGUGGAUAGUGUACCGGUGAGAGAGUUCCAGUACAGCAGCGCAUACCCAUCGGUCUACCCGUCAAAACCCAUGAGCGUUUAUGCAACAAUAUGGGAUGGGUCAGAAUGGGCAACACAUGGAGGGAAAUACCCAGUUAACUACAGCUAUGCGCCAUUUGUGGUUUCAAUUGGUGAUGCAGAACUGACUGGCUGCAUACCAAAUCCAACUUCCUGUACCAAAAAGGCUGCUGGCACCGGCAAUCCUUCGAGCUUGGACCCUGUCGAUGGAUCGGAAUUCGUCAGUUUGUCGAAGGAGCAGAGUUUGGCGAUGGACUGGGCGAGGAGGAAGCUCAUGUUUUACUCUUACUGUGCUGAUAAGUCUAGGUACAAGGUCCAACCACCUGAAUGUAAAUAAAUUACACGCAAGACAUUCUCCCAGAAAACAUGGGUUUUAAUUUUACACAUACUGUAAUUUGUUCUAGUCUUCUUUUAAUAGCUGAAACCAUUGAAUUGUUUACUGUAUAACCAACCAACCCCAUGGGUGAGAUUUGAUUAAUAAAAGUGACAGAAGUUGUUUCAUUUGUUUAACUCGAACCAGGAGAUGAGUUUGCUGAUCGAGGUCAAGUUUUCGAUACAUUUCAGAGGUGCAAGAAGUUAAUUAAGUUAAGAGGUUAACGUUGCAAUAAGUUAGAUCUGAGAACAGAUCACAGUCACAGUGGUGGCACAAAAAAGUUGAUAAAUGCAGGCAGAGGGAUCUGACCUGCUUUUGAUACUCCCAACACACUGUGAAUAAAAAUCAUUUCAUGAUGGAGAUGCAGCCAAAGAUUAUGGUCUGAAUUCAUAAACACAAUCUGAGAACAGAUCAGAACGGACAGCUAAUCAGCCAUUGAAGCCGAGGUAUGGACAUGGUUAUUUAAUAAAGAAGAAGGGCAGGAAAGCCUAUACACGACGGUUUUGGUGGAAGCUCCCUUAUAUGUAAUCAGGCAGGCCAGAGAAAUAGGGUUCGAGGUAGGGAUGGCAACAAAAUCCGAACCCACGGGUAUCCAUCCGAUCCAACCCGGUCAACGCGGGUAAAACCCGUGUUGACGGGUUUUGGGCCGGGUUUGAGUUUAAACCCGCUACACUAUUCACCGGGUCGGGUUUGGGUUUAGAUAAACCCGCCCCAUGGGUACCCGCCCACACACAUAUAAUUAUUUUCCUAGUAUAUUUAAUAUUCUAAAUAAUAUAUCUUCCUUAAAUAACUAAUAUUCUAUAUGUUUGCGGAGACAUGUAUAAUUUGUUCCUUCUAAUUGUUUAGAGUGAAGUUGAUAUUAUGAAGUGGAGAGUGAAGAAACUUAGUUGACGAGGAAGAAACUUUCAAUUAAUCUUAUUGUUUAUAUAUGUUUAUCUUUAAUUUUGAACAAUUUGUAUUGAUCAUUUGCGGUUUGCUUGUAUGCUCUAGAUUGGUGUUUUUUGUAUGAUUAAUUUGUAUGAGAACAUUGAUGUUAAAUUUUAUUUUGAAAGAAACUUGUUAUUGUAAAUUUUUACCACAAAAACCCACGGGUACCCAUGAACCCGCGGAUAUCCAGCGGGUUGGGUUUGAGUUUUUCAAACCCAACGGGUUUUACCCCGGGUUUUUUUGGUGGAUAAACCCAUGGGUUUGGGUUUGGGUUUGACAAAACGCGCCCCAACCCGACCCAUUGCCAUCCCUAGUUCGAGGCUGGUCCAUGGAUAGGGUAACUGAGGUCCAUGACUAUGCUGGCGACUACCCCGGUGCUUAUUGGACAUAAGCGUUGGUAGUGGCGUAGUCGAAAUUUCAAUAUUAAGAAAAAUGUAAGAUAACGUCGUUUAAAUUUUGGAAAGAUCUUGACGUAUUUUCAUAUUUAAAAAAAAAGAUUCGAAACACAAUUAUCAUUUUAAAGAUUGAGAGCAAAGAAGAAACUUGAUGAUAUAGAGAUUUUAAAAGUCGAAACUAACAGUUAGGGUAGUAGAGUUUUAAUAUAUGUAAAAGUCACGGUAUACUGUAUAUUUAAAUUGAAUUAAUCCUUAAGGUUGUGAGCGAAAAGAAAACUCGAUGAUUUAGGCAUUUGAGAAGUCAAGAAUCAACAAUUAGAGUGGUAGAGUAUUUAUUAAAUUUGAAACCAUCCAUUUAUAACAUUUAUAAAGAAUUUAUUAAGAU